AUGAAGACUUGCUAUUAUGAACUCUUGGGCGUUUCUUCCACUGCUGAUGAUCUUGAACUAAAGAAAGCGUUUAGGCGGAAAGCAUUACAAUAUCAUCCUGACAAAAAUAGAGACAAUGUGGAAGAAGCAACAGAAACAUUUGCACAGAUUAGAGCUGCUUAUGAAGUACUCAAUGAUCCACAGGAAAGAGCGUGGUACGAUUCCCACAAGUCACAGAUCUUAAAUGACGAUAUCAAUGGCGGUACAUAUGAAGAUGAUGAAUAUGGAAGUUAUGCCAUGGAUACUGGUGUGACUAGUGAAGAAUUACUCAUGUUUUUCAACUCUUCGUUAUAUACAAGGUUAGACGAUACACCAGCCGGAUUCUAUCAAAUUGCAGGUAAAGUUUUUGCCAGAUUGGCUAAGGAUGAGGUCUUACACGGUAGAAUGUCGGGCUUCAAAGAGUUUAAUCGAUAUGACGAUGAUUAUUUUGAAUCCAAAAUUUCUUCUAAUGGAUAUGUUAAAGCUUGUGAUGAUAGAAUAAAAGAGAUGCUCAAAGAUGAUAGCCGCUGUCUUUUCCCACCAUUUGGAAGUUCAGCAACUGAUUACGAAGUGCUAAAGACGUUUUACAAGAAGUGGUCUUCGUUUAAUACAGUUAAAAGUUUUAGAUGGAAAGAUGAGUACAUGUAUUCAAGCAUUUACGAUAGAAGGACUAAAAGAGAGAUUAAUAAGAGAAAUGAUAAGAUAAGACAACAGUCUAGAAAUGAAUACAAUAAAACUGUUAAAAGGUUUGUCACAUUUAUCAAAAAGUUAGAUAGAAGAGUGCAAGAAGGUGAAAGGAAAGCUAAAGAAUCGAAGCGUGAAAGUGAACGUGCUAAAUUUCAAGAGUUGAAAAGGACUGCACAAAGAGAACAACCUCAGUUUGAAAUGCAGAGUUGGCAAACGAUUGAUGAGAAUAAAUGGGAUGAUUUGGAAAAACUAUACAGUGGUGGCGAAGAAAACUCAGACUAUGGUUAUGAUAAUAAGAAUGAUAAUAAUAAUACUAAUAAUAAUGAUAAUGAGAAGUACGAAAAUGGAGAUUCUGACGAGUAUGUGGAAUUGAUUUACGAUUGCUUUGUCUGUAAUAAAAGGUUUAAAUCAGAGAACCAAUUAGAAAACCACAAUAAUACAAAGGCCCAUAGAAAAAAUGUUAAAAAGAUACAGAGACAGAUGAAGAAGGAAGACUUUGCUUUGGGGCUUGACGACUUGUCUGACUUAGAUGACUAUGCGAGUGCACAAAGCAGAGAAGAUGAGGAGGAAGAUCAAGAGGAACAAGAGGAUGAAGAACAAGAAGCUGAAUCCGAAGAUGAAUCCGAAGAUGAAUCUGACGAUGAAUCUGACGAUGAAGAACUGAAGAAACUCGAAGAAGAACUGGCACAAAUUGAACAACAACUCAAAGGUGUAAGCACUUCAGAUGAGAAGAACAGUCCUGUACAGGAUGAAAAUGAUGUUAAUGCGGAUGUUGACGUCGAAGUGGAAAAAUCUGAUAGUGAAUCUCUACCGUCACAAGAUAAGGAAGAUGAGGAAUUUCAAAGAUCACUAGAGGAUCUCGACAAGGAGUAG